AUGAGAUUUUAUGAGAAGCAAGGAGUACCUUUUCAUAGUGGAUUCUUGCCUUUCCUUGGUCAUUACUAUGAGCUUAUAAAGUUCUAAAAAAAGAACAAUCCUACGCUUCAUCCUCUUAUAGAAUAUAUUCAAACCUAUUUUGAUUAGAAACCACCAGUGUUUUCUGGGAUUAUUUUUAGUCAGAGGCUUUGUUUAUUUGUAAAUAGACCUGAAGCUUUAAGAGAACUCUUUGUAUCUAAGAAUAGAUUUUUCGAUAAGCAUCCUUCGUCAGGAAAUAUUCUGAAGAAAAUAGCUGGAGAUAGCAUAGCAUUUCAAAAGUCUAACCAGAUCUGGGCAAAAAAACGUAAAGUAAUUUCUUCAUCACUUUAUAAACAAAAACUGAUUGUUAUGCUGGAUAUUAUGAAAGAGAUCGUUUUGGAAACUAAAGACUAAUGGGCCAAGUAGGGUACAAUCGAUAUAGUAUAAGAAACAUCAAAUAUGAUGAUGACUAUCAUACUAGCAUGUGCCUUUGGUAGGUAGAAUGAAAAUCCACUUAUUAAUUACAAAGAAAAAGGUGAGAUAAGAUAGAUAUAGUUGGGAUAAGCUUUAUCUACAAAUCUAGGGAGAGCUAUAGAACGUGAGUUCUAACCAUAUCUAAUAUUCUUCCCAGAACUCUUUCCUUACUACCUGUCAAUUCUUGAUUAAGAAGUUAAGUAUAAUGCUGAAUAGGUAAUUGAAUACAUCAGAAAGAUUAUUUAGAUUAAAAGAGUUAACUUUGCAUAAACAGGUCAUUACGAGGGAGAUGAUCUGCUUAGUGUAUUACUCUAGGAUGAUGUGUUUCAAGAUUCAGAUCAGAUGAUAAUUGAUGAAUGUAUUACCUUCUUUAUAGCUGGGUCUUAAACUAUAGCCGUUGCAAUUUCUAAUUUUUUAAGCUAUAUGGCUUAAUCUCAAGAGCAUGAAAAUUAAAUUAGAAUGGAAUUUGGAAAACUUUUAUAAAAUUACGGAAUGGAUAUUCAAAAAUUAGCGCAAGAAUUAGAUCUUAGAAAAAUUGAGGAGUUUGAGUACUUAAAAUGCUGCUAUAAUGAGACAUUGAGAAUAGAGCCUCCUUUGAUUAUAUCAUCAUCAGUUUAAUUGACAGAAGAUUAGUAAAUAGCAGGAGUUAAUAUUAAGCAAGAUGAUAUGCUUAUUAUCAAUAUUUAUCAGAUACAUCACAACAAAGAUCAAUGGAUUGAUGACGAAAAGUUUAUUCCAGAGAGAUUUAAUCCAUAAUCUUAAUACUAUCUAACACCUGCCGGCACUUAAAGGGAUUAGUUUUCUUUUGUACCAUUCCUUGGGGGAAAGAGAAUAUGUCUGGGCAAAACUUUUGCAGAGAAUGCUUUUAAGAUUAUAGUUCCAUUGUUAAUGAAUAAUUAUAAAUUCGUAUUAUGCGAUGAUAAGCAAAAGAUUUAGAAACCUUUUUUUAACGCAAUCAUGUUCAAGAGACCUUAGGUAUUCAUGAAAUUAGAAAGAAUUAACUGA